GGAUUUAUCGGAUGCCAUAUCAUCGAGCAGCUCUUCAGAAGUUGUUAUCGGGUUAGAGCGUACGUCCCCAUCAUCGUUUUUUGGACUCGGAACCUGACAGAAAGACAAUGUUGCCCGUUCUCUGAAAGUUGAACAGCUCAAAUCUACCUAUGCCGACUUUGGUGAUCAUUUCGAUGCUGUUGGCAUUACAGACAUCGCCGAAGAUGCCCUCACUGGUGCUUUUGAAGGUGUAGAUGCUGUGAUACAUGCUGCCUCAGCGAUGCCGACCCGAACCAGCAAUGUCGAGGACAUGAUCACGGUGGCUACUAACGGCACACUUAAUGUCUUGCGUCGGGCGGAAGCUGCUGGCAUACACCGCUUCAUUAUCCUUAGCUCAAUCACCAUAAUGGUGACUCCAGCCAUGACCUUUUCCCACAAAGGCUGGUUUCAAGUACCCGAAGGUGACAACAGCAAACGACCGCCAAUGGCAGUCUACGGUAACGCGAAGACUCUCGCAGAGAUUGCGAUGUGGAAAUGGGCAGAUGAACAUCCCCACGUCCAGAUAUCUUCAAUUCAUCCACCGUAUGUCUACGGACCAAUAUCUCGGUACUGGCAAGUUCCAGAGCCCCCUGAUUAUUGGGCUUUGACUAGCGCCCUUGCGAUUGCGACCAUGCUGAAACCUGAUGGGAUGUAUCCUCCUUAUCCUGCGCAUGUUGACGUUCGCGACGUCGCCAAGGCCUGUGUUCGUGGGCUUGAGCUUUGGAAGCCAGCUUCAGAAGGCGAGUGCAACCGUGCUGCCUUUUUAUCUCCUCAGUGCUUCGAUUAUCCUCGGGCUAAAGCAGCGAUCUUGGAACGCUACCCCAUUUUGAAAAACCGCAUCAUCGCAGCCGACCCUCCUCCCUUUUACGGGCCGUCUCCUUUGGAACAUGAAUGGGUCGAACGUCUCUUUGGAAUGAAAAAGGAGGACUUCCACACAUUCGACGAGACUGUGCUAGAUACGGUUGCCUGCAUUUUGGAAUUGGAAGAAGGAUGGAAGACCAAGGGAUAUAACCCUCAAAUCCCAUCGCCUGAUGUAAACGAUCAGCAGUAAGUAGUGGAUUUUAAUUGCGAGAAUCGUUCCAGUCCAUCAUCACUCUUACCGAGUGUUUCCACGCAUCGGCAUCACGGAAUAACGACAUGAUACCUUGGUUGUCUCGUAAUAGUUUUACUUGAAUCCGGCUGUAUAAUCCUGGUUGACACAAUACCUGGCUACCUCGUAGGUUCGGUCCAUCGUGGUCACACUCAGCUAGCUCGAGAGCUUUUCAAUUUUACAAAAGUGUUGGUGCUAUUACCGUGCAAAACUAUACGCAUCGGCUAUACGACUGGG